CAGUAGAUAACAUUUAUUCGGAGCGGUAAUCAUGCGGUCCAUAAGCGGUCCCCAAUAAGCUUUCGUUUGGAAGUCUGACAGCGGUCGUAGGUUCUGUUAACAUUUUUGGACCUCCACCUGACAGCAUUUUAAACCAUCAAGUGUUGUAACGAUGGUGCUCUUCUUCAGCGUAGCUGAUUGGAUUGUCCUUGCUGCGACGAUCUGCGCAACUGUCUAUUUGUGGUGAUCUUCUCAAAGAGGUAGUUGGUGGUGGCACAAUUGAAGUGUAUCUGCGAUGUGGCCUAAUGGUUAGAGCAUCGUUCUGCUGUGGAUCAAACCUCAAUCGUGAUCCCAUCAUCGUGCACCUAAUUCAAUUUUCUUUUUUCUACCUCGCAAGGCACAGCAACCACUGGAAAAAACAAAAUGUGCCAUAUGAAACACUGUCACUUAUCCUUCGUCCCUUGUACCGCACUCUCAUAAAGCCUGUAUACUUACCCGAUCAAGAGAGGUACCAAAAGUAUGGGCGACUGUCUGGGUUCUUUGAAGCUGCAAAGCCAAGCUUGAUAGUUGCAGAGCCAGAACUGGUGAAGCAGGUGCUCGUGAAGGACUUUAACUUGUUGCCAAACAGAAUGGAAAUUGACUUUGGGGAUUCUGUAGUCAACAACAUGAUGGUCAUGGCACAUGUGGAACGCUGGAGAAAGAUAAGGCCGGCAUGUACCCCAGCAUUCACGACCGGUAAGCUUCGAAAGAUGCAUCAUUUAAUCGCGGGGUGCGUAACGGUUACCUGCAACCACCUGGAAGCUGCUGCGGAAAAUAGCAACGAUGCUGACAUGAAGCAAGUCUAUGGCCACUAUGCCUUGGACGUUAUAGCUCGUUGUGCAUUUGGCACUAUAGUGGAUUCUCACACUGACACGGCCAGCCAGUUUGUCAUCGCAUCCCAGAAGGCUUUGGGGAUGGGUUUUUCGCCCCUGCAGAUAUUGUCAAUGUUGUUCCCUGGUCUUCUGAAAUCCCUCAGAAUUAAGGAAAAGACUGCUGCACCGUUCAUGUAUUUCAAGAGACUGUUUCUGCAAAUCAUGGAUGAAAGGAAACAGAAGAACAAGCGUGCUGAAGACUUUCUGCAGCUCAUGAUAGAAGCUAAGGAAGGCCGCUUCACUGCAACAAAUGAAAAUUCAACUGAUGUUGAAAGCCAGCUGUUCAACGUGGGAUCAGAAGUACAUGGAGAAGUAAAGAAACUAAAUGCACUCACAGAAGACGAGGCACUGGCACAGUGUGUGGUUUUUUUCCUUGCUGGGCAAGACACAACUUCUUCAACACUGGCUGCAGCCGCUUACUAUCUCGCACUGAACCCUGAUGUGCAAGAGAAGCUCAGAACAGAAGCAGACGAGUGCUUUGCAACACAUGGCCCAGAACCAAGCCUCGACACCAUUUCUAAGCUGAACUACUUGCACUGUGUUGUGUCAGAGACGUUGCGGAUGCUCCCACCUGUGCCAAGGACUCAGCGAUGUGCCUUUGAUGACUAUGUCUUAGCUGGCACUGGGAUCAAGCUUCCCAAAGGUUCUGCUGCCGUCAUUCCCAUCUAUGCCAUGCACCAUGACCCAGAAUACUUCCCUGAACCUGAACUCUUCAAUCCAGACAGGUUCAGUGAAGAAAAUGUAGGAUCAAUCCAGCCAUACACCUACCUUCCUUUCGGUGCUGGACCAAGAAACUGCAUUGGGAUGCGCCUUGCAUUGCUCUCAAUCAAGUUGUGCCUCCUUCGCUCGGUGUACAGAGUCCAGUUCGUGCGCACAGAAGACACGAAGGUUCCUUUGCUGAUCAAAGAAGGACGUGGCACACUGAAAGUUGAGGGAACUGUUGUUGGUUUACAAAGAAGGCCCAGCUCAUGAUUACGUACAAGCUUUUGCAAAGCCACCUAGUGCUAGAAAGACAGCUUUGCAACUGAUGGCGGUAAAACCCUGGGAUUGUGGCUUGUAUGCCAUUCGAGUUUGUUAUAGCUCUGGCGAAGAAUGCAAAGAAGAUAUCCCACAGAAAGCUGUACAGUGACGUAAGGCAAGAUUGGUUCGAAUUUCAAGUUACAUGUUUUCAUUUCGACUCCUUCCAUUACUCAAGGAAUUUGCAGUGCCAUUUCCACAACUUUUCUUUCGUGCACAUACAGAACAGAGCCCAGGCCUCCACUAUUAAAGAACUACUAUUAAAUGAGUUCACAAGCACA